AAAAGUUACUUUAUUUUCAUGUGCCAUGUCUUCAAUUAAUCCAAUAUGCCCGGUGCCCACCAUGUGUUCGAGUUUAGUUCACGAGAUUGAGGACAAAUGACAUUGGGUUUCCGUUUUAUAAGCCAUUUUUACCUUCAAAAUACCCUUUUGGCUUUCACAUUGAUCAUCACUGAAAACACUGGAUUCAGGAGGCAAUGCUGCAUCCGACCCACAAAAUGCAUGAUAAUCUAACCCCCUCAGGGCUUUGUUCACAUGGUCAUCUUCUUAGAUAGCCAUCACCACAAUCCCCUGAUCCAGGUGAUCUAAUGGAGGAGAAGGUAAUGGUGCAACAACAUAUGUUCUUGGAUUCUUCUGUCCUUGAUAAAAUCGUCCUGUUCUUCAUUGACAAGGCUGGGAUUACCACCUUCAACUGGUUUGCGAUAACCGUAGAAUAAGCCUAAUAGAAAAUGCUACAAACUGAAAUAGGCUGAAACUCACGGAUUGGAUUUGUGCGUUCACCUUUAAGAACCAAAUGUAAUGUUGAUAGGGGUUAUCUCCUUAGGGAGCUUUCCUUUCCUGAAGAACUUCCCUGCUUCAUGCCACACAUCAUCCUGCAUGUAAGAGGAGCAUGGAUAAAAUUUUGAGAAAGGAGAGGAACCUGUAAGAGAAGAAUAUCAGAUAUGAUUGAAAAUGACAGGAUCGACUAUGGGGCUGCUGCUGAGUAUCACUUUGUUGAUCAGGGUGGUUCUUGUCAAUCACAUGGAAAUGAGAAUAUGGAUAAUGUAGUAGGUGAUGAAUCCGAAAGCUUAUCUGAUAUUGAUGAUAUUGAGGUUGGUGGUUACCUUCACAAUGAGGAGGAGAAACGCUAUAAAAAGAUCAUCUGGGAAAAAAUGAACAGCGAGUAUCUUGAGAAUUGUUCAGAAGACUUCUUCAAUGCACAGGAACUUGCUGCUGCGACUACUGCAGCUGUGGCAAAAUCAAGAAAGGUGAGGAAACAAAAACAUGCAGCAAAUGCCAAGAAUGGAACUCCAACUCAAACUGCUGCUGAAGCCAACCGUGAAAUGCUAAGUAAGAAGAGACUAAGUUCAAAAAUCAACUAUGACGCGCUGGAGAAGUUGUUUGCUGAUUCUGCGGCUCCGGAGGUCACCAAGAAAAAACGCGUUGGAUCGGAUCCAGACAGUGAUGUCUAUGUCUAUCAGCAGAAAAUUGGCAGAGAAUCAGGUGAGAAAGAACUUGAGUCAGAUGCGGUGGACAAUGAUGUUUCGGCUUAUGGUGAUGACUAUUAUGGAAAUGAGGAGGAUGGGUAUGGUUAUGAUAAUAAUCACGGAUAUGAUGAUUAUUGAUGUGGAACCCAACUCCUUGUAUGUUUAUAUCUUGAUUUGACUGGAGGCUCAUUUCAACUAGCACCCUGGCUUUUACUCUUACCAGCUGUGAUGCAGGUACCAUAAAAGUUGUUCCUUGUACCUAUCAUGUUCCAAUGUUCCUUGCAUUUUUGCAUUUCUUUUACUUUAUAGGUGAUUGAUGAAAGGAUGUUUCACAAUUUGUUGAAAAUUCAUUUGAAUAAUUUAUUUGAUUGCAUUAGAUUGAAAAAGUGUUAGGGAUUGGUGUUU